GCAGACCCAAAAUCAAGCAGCAGUCAAAUACUCGGUUUAUUCUCCUCUCUCCCACAAUCAAUCUCUUAAGAAAUGAGUAGUGGAAGGGAUUCCAUUUCCAUGUCGGCAGGCUUGGCAAUCUGCGUAGUUGCCCUGGCGCUUGCUUCGGCAGCCCAAUUAGCGUCGUCUCGGCCCACAACUUUCGCUCAGGACUUCCAAGUCGCAUGGGCCGACACCCACGUCCGCCAGAUCGACGGCGGCCGCGCCGUCCAGCUCCUUCUCGACCAGAACUCGGGAUGCGGGUUUGCUUCCAAGCGCAAGUACCUGUUCGGACAGGUCAGCAUGCGGAUCAAGCUCGUGCCCGGAGACUCCGCCGGAACCGUCGCCGCCUUUUAUUUAAAGCUGAACUCGGACACGGCCGGCGUGAGGGACGAGUUGGACUUCGAGUUCCUGGGUAACCGGUCCGGCCAGCCGUACACGGUCCAAACCAACAUCUUCGCUCACGGCAAGGGGGACCGAGAGCAACGUGUCAACCUCUGGUUCGACCCGUCAGCCGACUUCCACCUCUACCGAAUCCGCUGGAGCCAUUCCCAGAUUGUGUACUACGUGGACGACGUGCCAGUGAGGGUGUUCAAGAACAACGAGGCGAAGGGAGUGGGGUACCCGAACUCGCAGCCGAUGGGCGUGUACUCCACGCUCUGGGAGGCGGACGACUGGGCGACGAGAGGCGGGCUGGAGAAGAUAGAUUGGACUAAAGCCCCGUUUGUGGCCCAUUACAAGGACUUCGACAUUGAAGGCUGCCCGGUCCCGGGCCCGGCCCGUUGUGCCUCCAACCCUACCAACUGGUGGGAAGGCGCCAAUUACAAGGGCCUCACCGCUCUCGAGGCCAGAAAGUACAGGUGGGUGCGUGUCAACCACAUGAUUUAUGAUUACUGCACCGACAAAUCCCGAUUCCCCGUCCCGCCGCCGGAGUGCACCGCCGGCAUCUGAAACGAUGAAUUGCAGACACUGAGACACACGUCCUCGUAAUUAAAUGUUGAUUAAUUAAUGUUGGUGUUUUCAUGUUAAUUGGCACGCCGUGAGAUAAAUUAAAGGUGGUGGGGCGGAAUAAAAUUAGUGCUGCACUUCUGUUGUCCGGACGUACGUCCUUCUCAGGCGAGUCGUCGGCCGGGAGCCAGAAAAUGUUAUCCCGUAGCGUCUACACAGUCGUGUAUAUUUGUAAUUGUUUGUUUACUGUUUAUAAUUUUAUGGAGAAGGUUAAAUUAUUAAUACUAUAUAUAUAUAUACCAGCUUCUUAGACACAUUUUGUAACAAAAGCUGAGAACUUGAAAUUCGGACCGGGCGAAAUUCAGCAGCUUGAAGUUUGCAAAAAUUCAUCAUGACGUAUGCUUUCAAAAUCAAUUGUUAAUAUCGUGGACGGUGGAGAUUCGAACAUAUAAGUAUUUGGUGAGAUUAAACUCUAAUACUGUUUCAUAAAUCGUUUUGCAGGAUGUCUCAUUUAAUUUGUCAUGAUAGAUGGUA